UCGGAAUCCAGGAAAGAAGAAGAAACUUCAUCCCGCCUUCCUCUUGACCUCCAAGUCGUACAUUCACCUAUACAUUCAUCCUCUGUAUCUAUUACGAUCGCCCCCUUUCUCCCUCCCAAUUUCAUCUACUUUUCAUGGCUUCCGGUGACGACGACAAUGAAGAUCACCCCCAAUUAACAUCCAUCGUAAUCAUCACGUUACCCCCUGCAGAUAACCCUUCCUUGGGCAAAACCAUCACCGCUUUCACUCUCUCCAACCCACCAAAUCAUCCACAACCACCACCACCGCAACAACCACCGCCGCCGUCAGUCCCAUCGUCACUCCGUCCGAUUCAAUCCACUCGUACGAGAGAAACCCUGUUCGCACACCCAAUUUUGACCCUUAUGGGUAUUUUUCUUGUGGGUCUGCUGACUUUUUGUUCUUUACAAUCUUCGCAAAGUCUUGUGAGUUUAGGCGGGUCUUCUACUACUGAAGUUGAAGAGAAUGAUGAGGAGGAUAAAAAGGUUAAUGGUUUUGUGUUACCGUUGUAUCCUAAAUUGGGGUAUGGGGAAAUGUUUAAAAUGAGGGAUAUGGAGGUGAAGUUGGGGAAGUUUUUGAUGUUUGGUGGGAAAAGUGCAGUGUUGCCUGUUGUUGAUGAUGGAGGGUUAAUGGCUGGUAAAGUUGCAGCAGCAGCAGCAGCAGCUGGGAAUAGUGCGGUUUUGCCCGUUAAUGGGGAUGAACUAAUAAGAGAUGGGCUGUAUUACACACAGAUUCAUGUUGGAAACCCUCCAAGACCUUAUUUUCUUGACAUAGAUACCGGUAGUGACUUGACAUGGAUUCAAUGUGACGCUCCAUGCACUAGCUGUGCCAAGGGAGCACACCCGUAUUACAAACCCGCUAGGGGAAGUAUCUUGUCUUCUCAAGAUUCAUUCUGUUUUGAUGUCCAACAAAACACCAAAUCUGGAUAUUGCGAGUCUUGCAGUCAGUGUGAUUACGAAAUUGAGUAUGCAGAUCAUAGCUCCUCUUUGGGGGUACUUUCAAAAGACAACCUUCGUUUGGUAGCUAUAAACGAUACAACAGUUAACUCUAAAGUUAUCAUAGGGUGUGCGUAUGAUCAGCAAGGCAUACUUUUAAACUCUUUGGCAAAAACAGACGGGAUCCUUGGUCUUAGCAGGGCUAAAGUGAGUCUGCCUUCACAGUUGGCAAAACAAGGUAUUAUCGACAAUGUCAUCGGUCAUUGUCUUACAUCUGAUUCUGUGAGCGGUGGAUACAUGUUCUUAGGAGGUGACAUCGUGCCGCAAGCAAAGAUGUCAUGGGUUCCUAUGCUCAAUGAUGCUCAUGCUUCCAUGAAUUAUGUUGCAGAAGUUUCUAGAAUGACAUAUGGAUCUAAGCAACUUGGUUUAGAUCGUUACAAUAAAGGAAAUGGACGUAUAGUCUUCGAUAGUGGGAGCUCUUAUACAUACUUCACAAGACAAGCUUAUUCUGAUUUAGUUAGUACGCUUAAAGAUGUCUCUCGUGAUGGCUUCGUUCAGGAUGCUUCAGAUACAACACUACCCAUUUGUUGGAAAUUCAAAACUCCAAUAAGAUCCAUCAAAGAUGUUGAGAAAUUUUUCAAGCCGCUAACCUUUCAGUUCGGGAGAAAGUGGUGGACUAUUUCAACAUAUUUACGGAUUCCUCCGGAGGGCUACUUGAUUAUAAGUAACAAGGGAAAUGUGUGCUUAGGCAUCCUUGACGGUAGUGAUUUGCUUGACGGAUCACAUAUUAUUUUUGGAGACAUCUCGAUGCGUGGAAAUCUAAUCGUGUAUGACAAUGUGAGGCAUAAAAUUGGGUGGAUGAGAUCAGAAUGCGACAAUCCGAAGCAAUCUAACAAUCAUCUUCCAUCUCUUUGAGGCAGUUUAUAUUGUACAUAUCAUAUUGUAAAUAUUUAAGCCACAUUUUCAACAUCUUUCUCUUGUAGACUUGUACUAAUCUUGUGAAUACACCAUUCUAAAGCCCCUAUAUGUUUUGUCUUGUUUCUUGAGUGUAUGAAUACACCAUCUGACGUGACGUUCGUUGCUUC